GGGCGGGGCCCGCUCGAGGGGCGGGGCCAGGUGCUGGGCUGUCUCUGCUUGUCAAAAGGCGGCUGCCGAGCCGUGGGCGCCGGGAGCGCGGAACAGCUUGUCCACCCGCCGGCGGGACCAGAAGGCUUUGGGACUGAAGUAUCUGUGUGACCUCAUAGAAGAGCAUCCGGGGGCUCCACGUACCUGCCCCUGCUCCUUCGGGGAUGGAGGCAAUGGCAGCCAGCACUUCCCUGCCUGACCCUGGAGACUUUGACCGGAACGUGCCCCGGAUCUGUGGCGUGUGUGGAGACCGAGCCACGGGCUUCCACUUCAACGCUAUGACCUGUGAAGGCUGCAAAGGCUUCUUCAGGCGAAGCAUGAAACGGAAGGCACUGUUCACCUGCCCCUUCAACGGGGACUGCCGCAUCACGAAGGACAACCGGCGCCACUGCCAGGCCUGCCGGCUCAAACGCUGCGUGGACAUCGGCAUGAUGAAGGAGUUUAUCCUGACAGAUGAGGAGGUGCAGAGGAAGCGGGAGAUGAUCCUGAAACGGAAGGAGGAGGAGGCCUUGAAGGACAGUCUGCGGCCCAAGCUGUCCGAGGAGCAGCAGCGCAUCAUUGCCAUCCUGCUGGAUGCCCACCAUAAGACCUAUGACCCCACCUACUCUGACUUCUGCCAGUUCCGGCCUCCGAUUCGUGUGAAUGAUGUUGGAGGGAGCUAUCCUUCCAGGCUCAACUCGAGACACACUCCUAGCUACUCCGGGGACUCCUCCUCCUGCUGCUCAGAUCACUGUAUCACCUCUCCAGACAUGAUGGAAUCAUCCAGCUUCUCCAACCUGGAUCUGAGUGAAGAAGAUUCAGAUGAUGGUUCUGUGACCGUGGACCUGUCCCAGCUAUCCAUGCUGCCCCAUCUGGCUGACCUGGUCAGUUACAGUAUCCAAAAGGUCAUUGGCUUUGCUAAGAUGAUCCCAGGAUUCAGAGACCUCACCUCUGAGGACCAGAUCGUGCUGCUGAAGUCCAGUGCCAUCGAGGUCAUCAUGUUGCGCUCCAAUGAGUCCUUCACCACAGACGACAUGUCCUGGACCUGCGGCAAACAAGACUACAAGUAUCGCGUCAGUGAUGUGACCAAAGCAGGAUACAACCUGGAGCUGAUUGAGCCCCUCCUCAAGUUCCAGGUAGGGCUGAAGAAGCUGAACUUGCAUGAGGAGGAGCAUGUCCUGCUCAUGGCCAUCUGCAUCGUUUCCCCAGAUCGUCCCGGGGUGCAGGACGCCGCGCUGAUUGAGGCCAUCCAGGACCGCCUGUCCAACACGCUACAGACCUACAUCCGCUGCCGCCACCCGCCCCCAGGCAGCCACCUGCUCUAUGCCAAGAUGAUCCAGAAGCUGGCCGACCUGCGCAGCCUCAACGAGGAACACUCCAAGCAGUACCGCUGCCUCUCCUUCCAGCCCGAGUGCAGCAUGAAGCUCACGCCCCUUGUGCUGGAGGUGUUCGGCAGUGAGAUCUCCUGACUAGGGCAGCCGGCGGUGGUGCCCGGGUGGGGCCGCUCCUCCAGGGCCACAUGCUGGGCCCGGGACUGGCAACUACUCAGCAGCCCUCCUCACCCCCGUCUGGGGUUCAGCCCCACCUCGGGCACUGCCCCUGUCCACCCGGCCCAUUCUCUUUCCUGUCCAACUCAACCCCUUUCCUGCAGGCCGUUCCCUGUUCCCUGGAGACCUCAGCCAUGAGCAGUUGUUGUGUAUUUGACAAAGAAGCUCAAGUGGGGGCAGAGGGCAGAGGCUGGAGGCAGGGCCUUGCCCAGAGAUGCCCUCACCCCUGCAUAAGUGGCUGCUGACUUGUGUCAAGGGAACAGGCAGGAGAAAUGCAUCCAUUCCUCAGGGACAGAAACACCCACACCUUCCCCCACUCCAGGCCCCCACGUCCAGAGCCUGGUGGGAUCUCCCUCUCCUGCCUACUCAUGAUAACUAAUCCACCCACAGCUCCCACCCACCCUGACCUUCAGUGCCCACUGUCGUCCCACCCUGACCUUCGGUGCCCACUGUCGUCCACUGCCCUGGUUGUACUCUCACGGGCAGUAGCUGUGGUGAGAUGGGCCUUCUUCCCAUUACUGGAGCCCCAGGCACAAACCCACCUGCUGAGAGACCCAAGGAGGAAAAACAGACAAAAGCAGCCUCACAGAAGAAUAGUGAUGGUGGCCACCACUGUUCCUGUCACUAAGCCACAUUUCCUCGGCCUGGAUCUAAGGGCUUGGUUGAGGUGGAAGUCCUCCUUCCACGGACCCAUGUAGCAGGACUGAAUUGUCCCUGGCUUGCAGAAAGCACCCGCCAUCCUCGUCCUCCCCUGGCCAGUGCCUUACCUCCCACCAGGAGAGCCAGCACUCCACUCCUCCUUGGCUGUUCUCCCCACCCCCUCCCCACUCCCAGUCUGGAGAAGCAGUGAGCCACAUCUUCUCCACCUGGCAGAAGGGAAGAAGGAGAAGAGCUAUCAGACCCCAGUGGGUGAAUCAUGCUCUCCAUGCUGCCUGGAUGUGUUCCAAGGCUGCUGUCAGCCCACAGGACCAGGAGCUAGUGCUCCCGCACCCCAGGCUAUGGGAACAGAGAGCGGGGCAGCCUCUGGCAGCUAGUCAGAGACAGCGUUUGGGGGUUCCGUGAUGUAGGGCAGGGUCCCUUCCUAUUCUCACUCCACCACCCAAAAGUCAAAAGAGGGCUGUGAGGUGGGGGCGCCAUGAUUCAACCUCCAGUGCAUGCCCUCCUCUGCAGCAGCCCGGCCCAGGGGGAGGGGCCCUCAGGAGAGUGAGCUUCGGGACCAGUAGAGAAGGACAUGCUUUCAGGUGGAUCAUAGUGGCUUCUUCAGAUCAGUGCUUGAGUUUGGGGAACAUGGCUGCAUUUGCUGUGUCACCAGGAAUGUAAAAGUCAGUGGGAACGUGAUCGCCCAACUCCUGGAAGCCGCGUCCUUCUACCUGCAUCCGUGGUUCCCUAAAAACUCGGGGAGGAAUUAAGCUUUGCAGCGCCAGAGCCUCGGUGUCCACCCGGCCCUGUGUCUCUCAGAAAUCUUCAGGUGGGAAAACAUCGGAAAGCCACGUUCCUUAUUGCGGAAGAGCAUGUAUAUCGCCUAAUCUUAAAUUUGUUAGAUAUGAGUUGCUUUCAGAAUCAGACUCCAUUUGUUCUAUACUCUAAUAUACAGGGGAGCAGGUAGCACUGAUUUGGAAAUGUUCAUGGGGGGAGAACUUACAUUGUGAAACUCUGUACACUAAUUAAUAUUGCUGUUGUUGUUAUUUUACAAAGAGAAACCCUUGUUUGAUUUUAGCUAUAGAGCACAUUAGGCCAGCUGGCUCUUCAGUGGGAGAAAACACUUGAAAGUUGCAAACCACUCAAUCUCCUCCUUAAGAAAAACUGACAGAGGAGAGCAUGACUCACCUGCGCGUCCGUAACCAGUUAGAAGUGGACCAAGACGGAACCAGACUGGACUCAUGGUCUGGUGUCCUUUUCACUGCACCACGUUUGAGCCCAGACCCCCGUUCCCAUUCCCCAAAAGACCGACCCAGUCCCUGCGGGAAGCCCUGGAUUUCAGACAGAGCAAGUCUGGGUCUGGGACCCCUUCCUUCCUUCCUUCCCUGACUUGUAACUCCACCAACCCAUCGAUAGAAGGAAGGAGACUCAUCUCUGUGUCAGUGUGAAUCAGACCCCGCCCCCCCACAGCGGAGCCCUGGCCCUCCGCCUCAGCCUCGUGUCACGCUGUUGCCUUAUCUUUAACGUGCAUUCGUCUUUGGAAUUGCCACCUUCCCGCUCUCCCUCUGGCCCUGCCUUCUCCAGGGGACUUCUGGGAAUAUCAGUUACCCAGCCCUGGGGCCCACAACCUAGGCCACUCCCCACAGGAAGUCUAGGAGCUGGGAGGAAAAGAAAAGAGGGAAAAACGAGUUUUCCUGGGGCUGAACUGGGAGGAAAGUCACCAUCGAUUCUAUUUUAGAAUGAGAGUGUGAAAACAGACAUGUAGAAACGUGAAGCUUUUAGGGCAUAUCGUGAUAACUGAAGGAGAGUGUGCACCGACAUGCAGGAUUUCCUACGAGAUUCCCAGAGACAGGAAAAUCCUCCGCUGGCUGACGAAGCGUACAGGCGCGUCCGGGUGAGGCCGACAGACAAGGCAGGAACGUGCGGCAGAUUUGGUGACAGCUAGAGAUAAGGCAGCGAAAGGAGGAUGUAGAGAGUCUGUGAAUAAUUUCCAGAGAGAACAAAAGUUUGCCAGAACUUUGUCAGGUCAACUAAUGCAGAAAGCUUUGCUUAUGGUAAUAAAAUUGUAGCACACUGUUGCAGAUACUGCUGUAAUAAAUGCUUUGUGCAAACCAA